AUGGAUCUAGGUCUGGAGAUCCCUAAUCGCUAUCUAAAUGUCACCUUACUCAUAGCCUUUGCCGCGGGUCUGUAUGUCUGGCUGAGGUACAGGAAGCGUCCUCUGCGAACGCCGCCAAUUGUAUCACUAACAGAAGAUGAGAGGAAGAAUAACCCCCUUGAAGCACUGGAAAGGCAAAUCCACCAACAUGGCCCAGUCAUUGGGUUGCGCCGAGAUGGGAGAGUUGAAUACAUCGUGUCUGAUGAACUAACCCCUCAGGUUCUAACAGAGGACGCAAUAUUUAGCUUCGAGCUAGGGACAGCGAAGAUCUUGAACCUUGAAUUUCUACGCACGUUAUUCGGGAAUUCUGUCUUUCAUGAUAUCGACUCUAUGGUUAACACCCUCUUGACAAAACAUUUAGACACGAUGAUCCACCGCGUAUCUCCUAUCUUCGAAAGGAAUACGGCCGAACUCCUGAAGUGCCAUUCUGAAGACCCUGACAUAUUGCCAUCUCUUGACAGAGACGCCGUAGUUGACACUGCUGAAGGCGUGGCGGAACUGAUAGGGACAUUCCGAAGUCGCUCGAUACUAGCCCAAUAUUUCCCUAUCCUAUGGCAGAUACUAACAUGGAUGAAAGUUGUUAUGUAUAAGGUCGUAAUGCGGUUCGGCAUCGCGUUCGGGCCUCUCAUAUGGCAUCAGACCUCGGCUGCCUUGCAAGAAUCCAACAAGAAACCAUCAAAAAACGAUGUAUCUCUCCUCCGGAUCCUGGUCCAAACAAGUGGAGCUACGAACGGUCGCAUAACCUUCAGCUCCAGGUUGUGGAUAUUCGGAUUAGUCGUCAUGUUCAUUUUUGCCUCUGUGCAUCAGACUGUGUCAAUCACAAUGUGGACGAUAUUCCAAUUAGCCCUGCGCCCCGAAUAUCAAGAUCUCAUACGACGCGAGAUCCACGACCUCACCGUGCGUGACUCCGCUUCACCAAUACCCAUCUCCGAGCUCGACAUGCGAACCCUCCGCAAGGCUUCAUGCACGGACUCAUUUAUCCGCGAAGUGCUCCGGAUGAAGGGUGACGCCGUAAACCUGGUACGGAUGGCACGCAAGGAUGUCCAAAUGGGAGACUACAUCAUUCCCAAAGGGUCCCUAGUGUUACCACUGGUAUCCUUGUCCAACCGCUCCCCGCGUUACAAUGAAGGCGACCCCAAGAAAUUCGAUGGCAUGCGCUGGGUGGACAAGCAGAAAGCAGCUUCUACUACCGAUCCAGGGCAUCUUUCAUUCGGGCUCGGUCGGUGGGCCUGUCCGGGGAGGUUUCUAGCUGUUGCGGAAAUUAAACUGGCGAUUUUCGCACUGCUUGCGGAUAUGCGGCUGGAACUUGUCGAUGGGAGGUACGAGGUAGCUGACAAGUUUAAUAUAACGGGGAAUCCGCCUGAAGGGGAAUUGGUGUUCAAGCGGAUUGGUGUGCGUUGA